CCCACGGAGACCGAACGCUGCAUCGAGUCCCUGCUGGCCGUCUUCCAGCGGUACGCGGGACGCGAAGGGGACAACUGCACGCUCUCCAAGAGGGAGUUCCUGGCCUUCAUGAACACCGAGCUGGCUGCCUUCACAAAGAAUCAGAAGGACCCCGGUGUGGUGGACAGGAUGAUGAAGAAACUGGAUUUGAAUAGCGACGGGCAGCUGGACUUCCAGGAGUUCCUGAACCUCAUCGGGGGCAUCGCGGUGGCCUGCCACGAUACUCUGAUUAAGACCACUCCCCACUAG